UCCAUUUGCACCCACAGCGGCGAGCACGGCCUAACACAGCCCACACUCAACGUCCAUCGCUCGAUUUCUGCGUUGGGACUUUUAACUUGGCAAUUUUUAGAACACAGGGCUCUCGUGUAGGCACACUCGCUCGAUUUCCAGUGGAACUUGUGACGUUUUAUAGUGACUAUAUGAGAGCAGUGAGCAGCGCGUUUUAUCUUUGGUUGCAUGCCCCUUAGUGGCACCGCGCUGACGCAGUAAUUUAGCGAAGCAGAGUCAGAAGAGGCGGGCCGGGAACUGUGGCUUUGUCAGGGUUGCGAAGACAGGAGCGCAGAAAGCGGACAUCAAAAUGAGGAGCUCCAAAAUUAUUAACCUUGUCAUGCCUAGGGCCUCGGCAGCGGCAGCGGCUUGAAGGGCCCGGCGCGUGACCCCGUCGGUGGUGGAAAAGCUCCAGCCCGAUGGCCGCGAGCGUUGCCUUUCUUCACCAAGCAGAGUAUGAGGCAACGCUUCGAGAAUAUGAGGAUGAGGCUGCUCACCGUCAUCAGGAGGAGGAGGAGCAUGACCUCACGCGCGCGACCAGCGAUGCGGCGCUACGCGCUAUCCGGGAGGGAGGCGCCCAGGGCCUGGCGUGGGCGGCUCACGACCGGCAGGCGCAGCUGCGGCGGAACCUGCUCAAGGGGCAGAACAAGCCGCGCGACAAGAGCUCAGCGGUAACCAACUGGCUCUCCGCUGCCGGCGCCGGCGCCGGCGGCGGCGGCGCCGGCGCCGGCGGCGCGGCCGGCGCGGUGGUCUCGCCCGCCACAGGUCGGAAGCGGCAGGCGGCGUCCAGUGCGGCGGGAGCGAAGCGCAGUCCCUCGCUCCGGCGCAGCUACAGCACGAUUACCCGGCCCAGUUUGUGGCACCGGACGGUGCAUGCGGACUGGCGAGGCAUCACUGACAGUAUACUGCCCAUCAUCAACCCGGACACGCGGGCGAAGCGCGCGUGGGACCUGCUGGUCAUGUCCAUGGUGGUGUGGACGGCGGUGACGGUGCCGCUGUCGGUCAGCUACGGCAUGCCGCACACAACGCCCUGGGACGUGGCCGAUUACAUGAUGACUGUGCUGUUCGGUAUUGACCUGCUCAUCAACUUCCGCACCGCCUUCUACAACUUUCAGGGCGAGCUGGUGCGCGACUCCAGCGCCAUCACGGCAAACUACAUGAAAAUGUGGUUCUGGAUCGAUCUGGUCGGCACGGUGCCGUUUGACUCGCUCGUGAUCGGCGUGGGGCUGGUGGAUCCAAACAACGCCUCCGACAACAGCGCAAUGGCGGCGCUGGGGUUUCUCAAGGCGCCGCGCAUGCUGCGUCUGGGGCGGCUGCUGCGCUUCCUGGAUAGCUUUAAGAACGCCAAGAUCUUCCGCAUUGUUCAGUUGUUCAUGGCUAUGAUCCUCAUCAGCCACUGGUUGGCGUGCAUCUGGUACAUGAUGUACCGCUUUGGCGGUAAGGACAACGCCGAGGACUGGGCGUUCAAUGUGGCGACGGAGAACGAGGACUCGGCCAUUACAAGCUACGUGGCGUCAUACUAUUUCUCGUUCCUUCUGCUGGUGGGCGAUAACCUGAACGCCUACAACAACUAUGAGCGCACCUUUUACGUAAUUGUGCUGAUCGGUGGUACCUUCUUCUACUCGGCGGUUGUGGGUCAGAUGGCAACGCUGGUCGCCACAAUGAACGUCGCCGUCAACCGCCACGCGCAAAAGCUGCUGAUGGUGCAGGACGCGCUGCGCUACGCGGGCGUGCCUGACCAGUACAACGAGAAGGUGCAGGGGUACUUUGAAUACUUGCAGGCGCGCAGCCACCCGGGCGGCGAGGGCAUGCAGUUCCUGUCGGAGCUGCCCUCCAGCCUGCACCUGCGGCUGUGCGAAUUUCUGCACAGCCGCAGCCUCAAGAAGGUGCCGUUGUUUGCGGACUGCGAGGAGGGCUUCCUGUCGGCUCUGGCUCUGCGCAUGCGCAUGAUCAGCUUGUCGCCCAAGGAGGUCAUCUUCCGGGUGGGCGACGCCGGCAAGGAGAUGUACGUGAUUAAGAAGGGCUGCGUGGCGGUGACGUCGCCCAACGGCCAGAUGUGGUCUCUCCUGGUGGCGGGCGAGGUGUUUGGCGAGGUGGCGCUGCUGUCCACCGGCAAGCGCACAGCCAACUGCACUGCGCUGGGCUUCGUGGACCUGGCGCUGCUCACCGGGCCCGACCUGCAUGUGGUGAUGCAUGACUACCCGGUCAGUGCCGCCAUCAUUGCGGAGCGGGGCGCGGAGCGCGCGAGGUCGCUGCAGAACAAGAACAAGAUGUGGCUAGAGAUGUCGGAUGAUGAGGGUGAUGGCGACGUCUGGCUGGGAGAUGAUCCAGAUGAUCUGGACGCGGGGGCCGACAACGACAGCAUCGGCAGCGCCGCACCGCCGGAGGACGACGCAGACGGCGACGCCGCCGCCGACAGCAGCGACGGCGACGCCGGCAGCAGCCGCAGCGCCGCGGCGGACGGCGAGGGCAGCGGCGGCGGCGGCAGCGACCCGGGGGUUGCGGCCAAAGUGCUGGCGGGGGAGGGUGGCACGCUGACGAAGACGGCGGUCGUGCUUUCGGGCCGAUCGUCGCCGGAGGAGGAGCCAGCGGCGGCGGCGGCGCGGUUGGGCUCGGGCCGGCCGCCCUCUGGGCGACCGGGCUCGGGGCGGCGGCCCAUGAGUGCGCGGAAUGGGCGGCUGGUGGCGGAGGCUUGGAGCCACGGCGACGGCGACGGCGACGGCGAGACGGAGGGCGGGGCGGGUGCGGGUGCGGCGGCGAUGAGCCGUGUCAGCAGCCACCGCCGGAGCGGCGGCGUUGGGGCGCCGACGGUGCCGCGGCUCUCUCUGGAUCUAAUGCACCCGAGCCAACCUGGCAAACCGCAGCCGGAGCCCGGGCCAGGGCAGGGGCCAGGGCAGGGGCAGGGACGGGAAGAGCAGGCGGCGCCGCCAGUGCCGUCCGCGGCGGGUGGUGAGUAUGAUGGGGCGGUGCCAGGCAGCCCGGUCGCGUCGCUGACGCGGCAGCCGUCACUAGCGCGGCAGCCGUCGCUGACGCGGCAGCCGUCACUAGCGCGGCAGCCGUCGCUGCCGCGGCAGCCGUUGCUGGCGCGAUCGACGUCCAGCGGCCGGCGCAUGUCUAUGUUGCGCCGCCGCGCAUCCGUUGAGAUGUUGCUGGAGGGCGACGAGUUCGCGGCUGCGGCGGCUGCGGCUGCGGCAGUCAUGCGGACGGCGGCGCUGCCACAGCAGCAGACGCUGCUGCGGCAGGCCACCAGCAACCGGCGGCAGUCCAUGGCGUUCUGGCUGAAUGACGAGGCGUCACAGGGCACGCUGGCGGCGCUGGCCGCCGGCGGCGGCGCUGCUUCGCCUGCCGGCGGCGGCGGCGCGGCGGAUGGCUUCACGCCAAAGCAGGACGGGGAUGAAAUUGUGUGGCUUGCGCCGCGCGCGGGCAGGCGGCGGUCGUCAGACUCUCGUGCAGCUGACUACGCCGACGCCGUAGCAAGCGGCGGCUUGAGCAGCAGUCGAGGGCCGUAUCAGGCGGCGCGAAUGCAGGCGGCGCAGCAGCAGCAGCAGCGGCCGCAGCCGCAGCUACAAUCUCAGCUACAGCCGCAGCCGCAGCUACAGCCGCAGCCGCAGCAACAGGCGGCGGUUGCGGUGCCCGCGGCGGCGUCAGCCCAGCUCUUGCGCAUUUCGUCUUCCAACCUGAACUACGAAAGCCCGGCCGCCUCCCACCGCGCCGCCACCGCCAUCGCCGCCGCCACCGCAUCGCCGGCGGCGCUUGCGGCUGCCGCCGCCGCAGCGGCCGGCGGCCGGCCAUCCACCGUUCCCACUCGCAUGCCGGCAACGGGCUUGCCUACCUCAUCUCGCAUCGUGCCUCGCCGGGGCGGCAGCAAAGAGUACACCAGUGCGGACCAACCCUUGGGGGCGGGCCACUCCGCUGCCGCGGCCGCGGCGGCGGCGGCAGUCGCGGCAGCAAUCAACGGCGAUCCUGACUGGGAGCAAGCGGCGGCAUAUGCCGUGGCUGCGUCCGCCGCCGCCGCGAAGCAGGGCGCUUGGGGGCCCAUGGCUACGCCCGACUCGCCAAUAGAAUCACCGCAAGGGCGGCCGCCCAUGCCGCCCCCUGCUCCCUUGCCGCCAGCGCCGGCGCCCCCGCCUCCGCUACACCUGCACCUGCAGCCGGACCGGCUGCGCAACCGCGCCGCGGGCGCGGGCGCAGGCUCGGGCCCGGGACCGGUGGCCGAGGCGGCGGAGGGCGAGGAGGGGCAACAGCAGCAGGCGCACGCAGGCUCACCCUUUUCCACGUCUGCCUUCUCCCCUGUGAACCUCAUGAAGGCCCUUGCCGUCUUAUCGCCCUCUCGCAUCAACCGCCGCGGCAGCACAGACAACCUCCUGGCCUCGGGCGGGCCCGCGUCGCCCAUGCUUGCGCGCCUCAGCACCAACGAAGGCAGCGGCGGCGUGCCGCAGGUUGGCAGCAGCGGCGGCGUGCCGCAGGUCGGCAGCGGCGGUGGCGAGCCGCCCAGCCAGCUGCCGUCUGGCGUCGCCGUCGUCAGCGGCGGUGCGCCGCAGGUGCCCUCCGCCGCCUACCUGAAGCUGCACCGGCGCGGCAGCGGCGGCUUGCCGAUGCCGGAGGCGCCGCUGGGCUCGCCCAACGCGCGCCGCGCGCCGCGGCUGAGCACUUCUUCGCCCGAGCCCGCCGGCUCCCGCCACGCCGGCGCCGCCGCCGGCGGCGGCGGCGGCGGUGAUGACGGCGGCCUGGUGGAUGACUUGGGUCCGCUGGCGGCGGGCGACGAGCUGGAGUGGAUCUCCACCCGCGCCAAGCUGGGGCACCAGCUGACGCACACGCGCAGCUCGCAGCUGCGGCACGCCACCAGCUCCGAGAUCCUUAACCAUGACGACUUAGCCCGGCUGGCGCCCGACGGCAGCCCUGGCGUCGCCGCCGGCGGCGCGCGCGGCCGCCACAGCGUUGGCGGCGGCCCGGCCAGCCUGCUGCCUGCAGGGCAGGCGGCGGCGGCGCCGCUGCACGGGCGCUCCAGCGCCACCGGUUUGAGUGCCGGCGGUCCCAGUCAGGGCAGCACCGCUAACGGCAUGAUGCAGGCAAUGGGCACGGCGCGCUCGCGGCGUGCCAGCGUGGACCCUUACGGCCAGCGCGCAAUGGGAAUGAAUAUGUCUAUGCGCAGCCGGCGCAGCAGCUCGGGCAUGCAGGGCCGCGCCGGCUUUCCGUACAUGCCGCCUCCGCCAGACGGCGUCUUCGUGCCGCGGGAGUCUUGGAACACGUUGCUGCAGGCCGUGUCCAAGCUAGGCUACUUCGAGGACGUGCUCCAGCAGCUGCUAGACCUGGUGACGCAACAGGACGAAGCCAUGGAACGGCUAGAAGCCAAGGCCGAGCGAGCCAAUGCCAUGGCCAAAGCAGGAGGCGGCGGCGCCUUUAGCGUGCUCGGCAUAGUGGCAGACCACCCCGCGCUCAAGGCGGGUGGCGGCGGCGGUGCGGCGGCGGCGGGCGCAGGCGCGCCCGCCGGAGUUGGCGCCGGCAGUGCGGCACUGGCGCGCAGCUCCGUCGGUGCGAACGGCAGCAUCUCGGGUGGCGGCAGCGCCGGCGCGGUAAACGGCAGCAGCAACGGCCGUGGCGGCAUGGGCGCAGCUGCCGGCAGUGGCAGCGCCCGCGGUGCAGCCAGCCGCCGCGGCAGCGCGACGGCGCUGGGUGGCGGCGGCGCCGACGGCGCCGAUGGCGAGGCGUCGGCGCCGCCGUCGGGACUGCCGCUGUCCGGCCGGCAGCGGUUGCAGGGCACGGUCCGCGCCAUCGGCACCGCCUCGCGACUUCGCAACAUGCUGGCACGCAGCAGCGGCGGCGCCAGCGGCACCGCCAGCGGCACCGCCAGCGGCAACAACAGCGCCGUCUUCCGGGGCUCCUUCGCCCUGCCGCCGGGCACGGCAGAAAUUACCGAAGAUGGCGGCGCCGUCGAGCCCGGCGGCAACAGCAGCUCUGGCGGCGGCGUAGGCGGCGGCAGGACUAGGAGCGGCGCGCCUGGCGACGGCGGCGGCUCGGGCUCCAUCCGGGUGCAAUCCUCAACUGGCAUGGGCGGCGGCGGCGGCGGCGGCGACAGCAGCAGCCCCGGCGGCUCAAUGCGGCACUCGCUGGCGGCAGGGCUGCAACGGCCGCGGCGUAGCUCCAUCCUGGCGGCCGCGUCGGGUCCUACGCCGGGGCUGAAGAGCGCGCUCAAGGGCAGCAGCAGUGUGAACAAUGGCGGCGGGCCCAGCGGCACCUACAUGGGUGGCGAGCCGGGGAGCCCCAUGGGCACCGCGCGCUUGGGGUCGCUCGAGCCGUCCUCGCGACAGGGCACCAGCCUCACCUCCACGCCGCGCGGCCCCGACUGGAAGUAGCGGCGGGGCUGGGGCGGGUGCGGGGCGGGCGGCUUGCCGACUGCUUGCGGGGAGGAAAGGGGGCGCAGGGUGUGCGGCCGGGCGUAUGGGCUCGGCUAGGCCCUGGUUGCGGAGCGUUCACUACAGGGGACGGAGCCUCCCGUCGAGAGCUGGUGGGGGCUGGCGCCUCAGCGCCACCAGGCAGGUCCUGCAGAGCGCGGGCCGGUCGCAACGGGUGCGCAGCUUGGCACACAGUUUCAUGGCAAGUGUUGUGACUGUGCCGAUACAUAAUGGAACAUCAAGAUGUGUGUGUGUGUGUGUGUGUAUGUGUGCUGUACCGGUAUUCUUGGAACAAGGUUCUCGGGUUUGGCAUGAGCUAAAGUUGGGUGUGUCGGCAAAGGGUGGAUCUCUGUGAUGCGACUUGCUACCGACGACCACUAUGGAAGCGCCGGGGGCUGCGGCAUGUGUGAGUGUGUGUGUGUGUGUGGGGGGGGGGGGGUUGGAGGUUGUUGUCCUGUCCGCGCCCGCAGGGCGGGCAGCGUUCGCAUUGCACUUUGGCUGGUGGUUGACAAAUAAUCAAGUGGUUGGUGAGUGGUGCGACUGGUGCCUAAACGCUGGCGCGUGCAGCGCAUUGGGUGUCACAACGUCGUGGGGGACUGGGGUGCCGUGCCGGAUGCCAGUGUCAGAUGACAAGGGAGACACGUCAUCAAUACACCCGGUGUCAGCUACCAGGACCUGUCUAGCAGCUGAGCUGCGCGGUAAGCAGUGCUUUCUCAACGUGCGGUCCUGUCUGAAUGCCGGGCGCGAUAGGCGUUGGCCGUGCUUCAACGAGUUGCCAACGCGCCCGGCAGGAAUUUCUUGAAGUGCGUGCUUUAUCUUGCGCUUGCCGCAAACGAGGCAAGCACUCAACUGCACGUACAUUUGGCUGUGGGGUUGAUCAAGCGGGUUGGGUUAGCAUUGCAGAUUAUACGGCUUUAGUACUGCGCAUGCGCGAGGGGGGAGUGGAUUAGCUGGAAUCAUAAUUGUUGUCUUUCUUUGCUCAAGCAAUUUCGCCGAGCGCACGCGCAAUGCCUGUGUGUCACAGUACGAAGGCACCGGUCCAUGCGAAACCGUGCACGAGCCGCAUGCGGUUGGGGAUGGGGCAUUGUCACAAGCGCAUCCGUGACACAUAUGCACACACAAAGUGGCGGCUUCACGAUACAGGUAUUCCGGACUCCCGGUUUGUAACAACUCUGAGCCGGAUGGUUUCAUGGUUUGUAUAUGCUAUGCGAGAUACCAUAUAGUGCUUGUUCUCGCCCGGAUGUGUUCAUCUUGUUUGAAUGUUCGGACAAUCGCCUCAAUGCAUGGGCACGAGUUGAGCGUAGGUGGCCAAGCUAGCCCCUGGGGUUUUGCGAGCGUUUUGGCCAUGUGCAUUCUUUGCGGGUUGGCGGCGGUUGAUGAGGCGUUGCCCUUCGACAAUACGCAACACAGUUACAUUCAUACAAAUGCAUCGGCCCGAAGACCACUGAUGAGCUUUGACGCCGCCUGGUCGUGCGCGUGAUGGGGGGAGGGCUCUGGGCUGAGGACACACGCGUAUGUGGCGUGGCAUACGGGUGCGGUAGUUACGGCACUCCCUGGAAGAUGGGAGCACUGCGCCGAGAGGUCAAGCUAGUCAAGCAAGAAGUGUUGGGUCAAAAGAAAGCAUGGUACUGCAAAUCUGCAAUGGAAGAAACCGGCGCAGGACAGGUUGGCCCCAUGGGGUGGGAGCGUCCAUGAUACCUAAAGAAAUGAGAGUGUAUUCGGGUUCGCCCUUGCGGGCUAUGCCCCGGUGCGGUUGAGUGCUAAGAGCUGUUGCUCAGAGCUAGCGUUGGUGGGUGGAAGGCGUUUGCGCUUUGCGUGCUGUCCUGUCGCUCGGGGCGCCGCAAAUGCUGCUGUCCAAGGAUUGACUGGAUGUGUUAGUGCAUGCUGUGGCUGAUGCUUGUGCCUCACUUUAAAUGCCUGUGUGACAUGCAUUAAUGCAGCUGUGCCUGUGCAAGCUCGAAGACAAACUGCCCGAUUUCGGCAAGUGAUCUUGACUGAGUGUGACGCUGUUGACGUAACAUAAUGAAUGAAUGGUGUGCAUUGUAAGUACGUUGGCUG